AUGAAGGCAAGCGCAGAGGUGCUUGUUAUUCCGUCGUUGCACGACAAUUUCGCAUAUGUCAUAAUCGAUGAGAAAACGAAAAAGGCUGCCUGUGUAGACCCAGUAGAGCCAGAAAAGAUACUAAAAAAGAUUGAAAAUUUAAAUGUAGAUUUGGAAUAUGUUCUUUGCACACAUUAUCAUUAUGACCAUUCGGGAGGAAAUGUACGCAUGAAGGAAUUAAAAAAAAAAAUUAAAGUGGUAGGAUCCGCUUAUGAGACGACACCUGGAGUAACUGAAAAGGUUUAUGACAGUCAAAUUAUACGCCUAGGAGAGUUAUGCAUAAAGGCUAUCCAUGCACCAUGUCAUACAAAGGGACAUAUUUUGUAUUAUGUGUAUAAAACGGAUGAACAGAAAAACGAAAAUAAUAAUUAUGCCCCAAUUUUGUUCACUGGAGAUACUCUAUUUAUUGCCGGAUGUGGUAGAUUUUUUGAAGGCAGUGCAAGGGAGAUGUUUAAGAAUAUUGAAAAGAUCAAAACCUACAGAAAAGAAACUCUCAUUUAUUGUGGUCACGAAUACACCCUGAGUAACUUAAGAUUUGCUUUGAGUAUUGAAAAUGACAAUGAACAUAUGAAGAACAAAAUGCAGGAAGUGGAAGAAAAAGUUAAAAAUAAAAUUCCCUCCGUUCCUUCAACCAUUGAAGAAGAAAACUUAAUCAAUCCUUUUUUUAGAACACAGAAUUAUACUGAUAAAUUUAAUACAACUGAUGAAAUAAAAAUAUUGGAUAAGUUAAGGGAGCUAAAGAAUAAUUUUUAG